AUGGCUUCCGAUGCCAACGGCACUAUAACUUUCACUGAAGUGGACGAGGUCAAUAACCCUACUGCUACUUACAUCUACUCUGGAGUUGUGGAUCAGUCGACGCAUCUUCCUCAGCACGAUAAGAACAAUAGCACAGGGCGACUAGAUGUGAUACACCCCUCCUCCAAGCCCCAAACGUGGUCUUUGUCCUCUCUCAAAAGCCUCCUGGUCGACGUGUUUCUCCCUGCUGGAUAUCCUCACAGUGUCAGUGAUGAUUAUGCCCCGUAUCAAAUCUUUGACUCGCUUCAAGCGUUCAGUAGUUCAAUUGCCGGCCUCCUGUCUUCGAGAGCAGUACUACAAGGUGUGGGAGUGGGCAAUGCGGAUGCUUCCCCGACAGCUGCUCUUCUGCUUCACAUCCUUCAAGACACAUCCGGCCGAAUUGCAACCAUUCUGUUUGCCCAUAGGGUUGGCACUGCCCUAGAGCCAGAAUGCAAAAUGUACCGCCUUGCAGCAGAUAUAUUCAACGAUGCUGCAAUGAUUCUCGACUGCCUUUCCCCGAUGCUCCCAGCAGGAUUCAGUCGAGUGACUGUUCUCAGCACAGCAGGCGUGCUACGAGCUCUGUGUGGCGUCGCAGGAGGAAGCUCCAAGGCGAGUUUGAGUGCACAUUUCUCUCGGUGGGGGAAUCUCGCAGAAGUUAACGCCAAAGACUCCUCACAAGAAACUAUCAUCUCCCUUAUUGGGAUGCUGGUUGGAUCCUUUGUUGUAUCUCAGGUUACAAGCUACACCGCCACCUGGAUUUCUCUAGUGAUGCUUCUUACCAUGCACCUGAGUCUCAAUUACGCGGCUGUCCGCUCCGUACAAAUGACCAGUCUGAACCGGCAACGAGCCAACAUCGUCUUCUCAACAUUACUAGACUCCGAUAAAGACCUUGACAUUGCAAGCUUCAACCAAGCUCACCCAAUCCUCAAGCAUACCAAAGCAACACAAUCUCAGAAUCAAUGGCAGCUACCAACCCCAGCCCAAGUCUCCAAACAAGAGAAGAUCUUCGAGACGGACGGCAUCCUAAAAUGGAUCUCUGCCCCAUCAACACCACACAAACUAGGCUUCUGUCGUAUCGGAGUCUCACUUGAACAAUUCCUCGCCCCGGCCUCGACACGCACGGGAUCCGGCUCCCUCAAAACAUCAACACCCGUGGCCGACCUUGCAUCCCUCUUCAGAUCAGAAGACUACCUGUUAUUCCUGCACCAUAACCGCCAGACCUGGGACGCAAGAAUCCUCCUGAAAACGAGUAGCACGACCCAAACACAACACAAAGCCUGGAUGCACGCAUUACUGACUGCACGAGUGCUAUGCUCAUCCGCAAAGGAGAAGCGGGCACAGGAGGGCAGCACAGAGAUGAAGUAUAUCACGGACAUGAUCUCCAAGACAUUGGCUUUCCUAAAUGAUGAUUCUCGUGCGGAUCAGUACAUAUCAGCUCUUACACAGGCAGGAUGGGAUCUAACCGUUGCUGCAUUGGAAACAAGGUCUGGACGGCGGGUUGCUUGUUGA